AAACGCAGUCCAACGGACAAAGUUUACGUUGGUAUUUUGUACAUCAGGAGGUUUCACGCGCAAAAUCGGAGUGAUAUAGUGGUUUAGAAAGUUAUUAUAUCUGUUACAAAUUUAGGACUACAGGCUGUCCAUAACGCUAUAGAAAUAUAUAUUUAUUUGCUUAAAUACAAUUUUUGUUUUGUUUACGUACCGGUUUCGAAUUUAACCUCGCUUUCUGGGCGUUAGGUUCGACGUAUUAACAUGGCGACAUCCACAGGCGGUGUGGUUGUUCCACGUAACUUCCGCCUGCUUGAAGAAUUGGAGCAGGGACAGAAGGGUGUUGGUGAUGGAACUAUAAGCUGGGGACUUGAAAAUGAUGAUGACAUGACUCUUACGCAUUGGACUGGAAUGAUAAUUGGACCCCCUAGGACACCUUAUGAAAACAGAAUGUACAGUCUAAAGAUUGAAUGUGGGCAACGAUAUCCGGACGAAAGCCCAAGUGCAAAGUUUAUUUCUAGGAUCAAUAUGAAUUGUGUCAACACUACCAACGGCAUGGUUGAUAAUAGAGCUGUUCCAGUACUGGCAAGAUGGCAGCGUGAUUAUACAAUUAAGACUGUAUUACAAGAGCUACGAAGGAUUAUGACAUUGAAAGAGAAUAUGAAACUUUCUCAGCCACCAGAGGGCAGUUCGUUUUAGCAAUGAAGCAUCAACUCUCUGAGCAGUUUGUCCACACCUCUGUCUCAGGAACCAGGGGUUAAUGAAUAUUCACUUCAGUCUUAUUAAGAGUGAUGUGUUGGAUUCCUCUUAAAAUAAAAGAUUAAGAAAAAUUAUAAAUGCAGCCAUACUUUGGAAUGAUGUUUUCAUAUGAGUAGCCUUGUGAGCACUGCACUUAUAUUCAUAGUAGGUAACAUUGAUCAUAUCCAGAGAGGUACAAUUAACAUUACUUGCACUGAAGUUGUAUUAAUUUUCAAAGCAGUUAUUUACUACCAACUGACAGUAAUCAUAUGAAUGUGAGGAAAGAAAAAUUGUAACCAUAAGACUACAUCAUUCAUUAUUAUGGUAAUUCUUGUAAGAAAAUAUGUACUGGAUUGGAAUUGUUCAUUUUAUACGUUCACAUGAACAUUGAAUUCCUCAAAUUGUGAUCAAGUUAUGAUUUUGAAUAGAACUUAACAAAUGCCAGUUAUGUUGAAUGUGGUGUGUUGAAGUUUGUAAAGCUUGUAAAUUCAUGAAUAAUGUUAUUUCUAAUCUCUCUGGAUAUGACUGGAAUAUGAGAAUUUCUCACACAUUGAAAAUACAUCAAUAUCAUAUGUUUGGAUUUUGUAAAAUUUCCUUUACCAUGUUUCUCAUACCCAGAAGUGAAUGCCAUUUGUCAGUCUAUGUAUAAAGAAAACAUUCUGAUGAGAAAGUAUUCAGACAGCUUGUUUUGAGUUAAUUUCUCUUAGUGUGUCAGAUGUUCAUGACUGAAUGGGAAGAUAUUAGAAUUCCUUUUCAUUGAUCUUAAUGAAGGGCAGUAAUCAAGUGAGUUUUGUUAAUAACUUAAUCAUAAUCCUUUUUUUAAGUAGGGGUGAAGUGAAACAUAAAGGAGGCAACUUUACUUCUGCAACUGAUGUGUGACAACAUUUUUAAAGCAAGGGUGUUGUUAUUUGCACCAGUAAUUAUUAAUGAUUGUUAAAUGCUGGCAAAUUCUUUCAUUAGCUAUGUGACCCUUUAUGUGUUAUGCAUGGAUAUUUCAUAUUUACUUCAGCCAAGUUAUUUUGAUUUUGGCAGGAGCUAAGCACUAUUAAGGGUUCAUACUUAACCAGCACUGGUGCAAGAAAGUAACCAUAGCAGAUAACAGUUUAUUAAAUUCUUUGUCAAAGUUAAUGGUUCAAAUAGACAGGGGAGUGUAUAAUACUAGGAGAUGUAAUCAGUCACUUUUAAUCUCAUUGUUGGUAUAUGAGAAUAUAAUAAUUUAGAAUAAGAAGUGAACUUUAGGUCUCAAAGAAAUGUGCUGACAUUAAUGGCACAGUUUUAACAGCUGUCAAUGAUUACUUUCCUUUCCCUUCCAGCAGAUGAGAGAUGUGUUUCCAAUUUGGACUGCUAGUGUGGAAGAUCAUGGAGGAUCAAUUCUUGCAUGGAAAUUCACAAGUUUUGUUUUAUUAUUAUUAUAUAUAUAUUUUUUUUUGCUGUUGAUGAACACUUAUUUGAAUGUAGCCAAAAUGGAGUCCAGCUUUUGGUUCUGCCUUGUGUGCAGAGAUGGGUAUGCAUGUGUCUGAAAUUCCAGUCUACAAGUACUGUUAUGCUACUCCUGUAUUUUCUCCUUACCCAUGGGUGUUUUUUUAAAUGUGUAAAGGAGAAUGAAUGAAUGAGUGAAUGAAGGCGUUACCUCUGUGUACCACAAAGGGAAUAAGUUCACCUUGUCUUUGUGCUUAUUUGUAGGCUUUUUUCCAUUUUUGGCAGGGUUAGUGUAAUUUUAUUGCAUCAUUUUAUUAUAGGCAGGGUUCUGAUAUUUAUUUGAUAAUUCCACAAUUCUUGGCUCAGUGAAAAUAUUGUAUAAUGUAAUGUGGAUAUGUGGGAGUAACUAAUUUAGGCUGGCAUUUGUCCCUCUUCAAAACUGACUAAUUUUACAGGCAUGUAAAAAUAGUUCUAGUUGAGCAUAAAACAUUUUUCAUAAAGUGCAAGAUAAAUGCUUGUAAGUUGUAUUGAGGAGCAUUCUUGAAUGUGAAUGUUAUGCAGUUGAUAUUAAACUGUAAAGGGGAAACAAAUUACUUUGAUUGCCCCUCUGUGUACAAUUUAAAAGGUGACUAAGUUGCAUUAUUUUAUUUCAGGCACAUAGUCAAAACUUCUACUGCCAAUUUUUUAUUCUUUUACUGAACAGAUGUAUGAGAGUAAUUCAGAUGAAAACAGUUGUAUAGAAUGUCUGUAUUCCUUUUGUAUUUUUUUUUCUUCGCCCUUCACAUAUCCAACUAUUCACUAGUGCUAUGAUGCCAUUGCAGAAGCUUUUGUUGGUUGGUCACAUAACCAGUUUUGCACUGCACACUAUUCUUGUCAGUUCAAAAGUGGAUUUGACUGAGUGCCAGUUUUAAGGGUCCAAACAGGUAAUUAUUAUAUGUUGCAAGGUGUGGUGAGUGCUGUAGAUAUGGGAGGAUUUUUGUGGACAGUGACUGUUGCAGCUGCGCCUGUGAGGAUACAGAAGUGCAUUUUCUUGUUGUAAUUUUUUCCUAAUGACUAGUUUCAGACUGUACUUCACUAACUUGUGAUGCAUUUUGCUAUUUAUUGUGGAUCCCUUCUGUGAAAAAUUUGUUGCUGUGAUAAUCUUCAUGUCCCACAAAACAGCUGAAGGCGCUAUUUAGAAUUUUUUGGUUUUUGGCUAGCUUAUUUGAUUUCAGGCUGGACUGAUUGGUUACUUUUAAGAGUUCAUCAAGAAAAUUGUCACCUUCUGCUUCAUUUUUCAUUUCAACUGACAUGGUACUUGAAAUUCAUACACUUUGUUUAGUUCCAGCUCCUAAUGGACACACUUCUGAUCCAAGGGAAUAUCUGUAGUGUCACAGAGAAGUUGUUGAAAGUUUUUGCUAAUUAAAUGUUCUGUAAGGAGUGAUGACAUGUGUACUUGGCCUAGUUAUCGAGCACAAUUCAGCUUCUGCAAGCAAUCUUUAAACAAUCUUCAGAUAGGCAUGUUACUAUAAUAUGGCCUUAUUCUGUCACAAAUAUUUAUUCAAUUGACUCCUUGGACUGCAAGAAUUUAAAUACCAUGCAUUUCUAGCUCACUGCAUGGUUCCACACACACACACACACCACCAUUUUGGAACUGUUGACUGUGUUCACACUUGUGUUGGCCAUAGUAUUAUGUGUGCUGGCAUUCCAGGUCACUAUCUUCCUCCCCCCCCUCCUCAAAAGUCCGUGUGGGUUGAAAGUGUUUCAGCAUUAUAGUUGUUUUCAUUUGAAUAACUCUCAUACAUUUGUCAGCAUCAGUUGCUGUCUGGUAAUUGAUGGGCUAUAAUAUUGAGAAUAUUGGAGCAGGUCAUUCAUACUUCCUUUCUUAAAUUGAGGAAUAAAUCACUGUUAUUGCGUUGGGAAGUUUUCAUGACAUACGUACUGUUAAAUUUUUCAUUUGCAUUGAUUUCAUAGUUUUUUUUCCCACAGUCAGUGUAAAAUUUGCAUGGAGAUAAAACAUAAUGCUGAUUAGCAUAUUGUCAUACAAUUUAUAUUACCUCUCCAAAAUUGUGACAACAUUCUGGAUGAAUAAAAAGUCAUAAAGCUUAAAAAACGUG